GCGGGGCGCGAGAGCGCGAGAGCCCGCAGUGUCUCGCGCGCGCGGAACCGCCACCGGGUUGCUCCUCCGUAACUCUCCCGGAGCUGUUCGUGUUCCCGCCGGAGUCCGGAGCAGACUGAUUUUCAAAAAUGCCAAGUAGGAAAUUUGCCGAUGGUGAGGUGGUAAGAGGUCGAUGGCCCGGGAGUUCACUUUAUUAUGAAGUAGAAGUUCUGAGCCAUGACAGCAACUCCCAGCUUUACAACGUAAAAUACAAAGAUGGAACUGAACUUGAAUUGAAAGAGAGUGAUAUCAAGCCUUUAACUUCCUUCAGGCAAAGGAAAAGCGGCUCAACUUCCAGUUCUCCCUCCAGACGCAGAGGGAGCCGCUCCAGGUCGCGCUCCCGAUCCCCUGGUCGGCCCCCAAAAGGUUCCCGCCCGUCCGUCUCAGCUUCGCACCAGGCUGACAUUAAGGAAGCAAAGAAGGAAGCAAGGAAGGAGAUGUUGGAGGUUAAACUGACUCCGCUGGUAUUGAAGCCAUUUGGAAAUAGCAUCAACAGAUAUAACGGGGAGCGUGAGCACUUAGAGAGGAAUGACAUACCUCACAAAAACACACAGGAAAAAUUCCCUUUGUCACAAGAGAGUAGUUAUAUACCUACACAGUAUAGCCUUCAUCCAAGAAGAGAAGAGGUCAAAUUAAAAGAAAUAGAUGCAAAGGAAGAAAAAACUGCUACAAAAGGACCUACGUCGUUGAGAACCUUUGAAGUGACAGCCACACGGCAGAAGGACUUAGAAUUUGGAGGAGUACCUGGUGUUUUUCUCAUCACGCUUGGCCUGCCUGCUUUCCUCUUCCUGUUGCUGUUGAUGGGUAAACAGGAAGAGCCCAGUCUUCUGAAUUUCCCGCCUCCUCUGCCAGCUUUGUACGAUUUAUGGGAAACCAGGGUAUUUGGGGCCUACCUCCUCUGGUUUUUCCUUCAGGCUCUGUUCUACUUACUGCCGAUUGGGAAGGUUGUAGAAGGAACACCUCUUACUGAUGGAAGAAGACUCAAGUACAGAUUAAAUGGAUUCUACGCUUUUAUCCUGACAUCUGCGCUCGUCGGAGCAUCUUUCUUCUGGGAUGUAGAGCUUUAUUAUGUGUACAAUCAUUUCCUUCAGUGUGCACUUGCAGCCACUGUUUUUUCUGUGGUCUUGAGUGUUUAUCUCUACGCCAGGGCUUUGAAAGCGCCCCAGGAUGAACUGUCGCCGGCCAGCUCUGGAAAUGCUGUCUAUGAUUUCUUCGUUGGCCGUGAGUUAAAUCCUCGCAUUGGUACUUUUGAUCUCAAAUACUUCUGUGAAUUACGCCCCGGAUUGAUUGGAUGGGUGGUCAUUAACCUGGUGAUGCUUUUGGCUGAGAUGAAGCUACAGGAGCGCACUGUUCCAUCCUUAGCGAUGAUUUUGGUUAACAGUUUCCAGCUCUUGUAUGUGGUGGAUGCUCUCUGGAAUGAGGAAGCACUGUUGACAACCAUGGACAUUAUCCAUGACGGGUUUGGAUUCAUGCUGGCUUUUGGAGACUUAGUGUGGGUGCCAUUUACCUACAGCUUCCAAGCCUUUUAUUUAGUCAGUCAUCCAAAUGAACUGUCUUGGCCAAUGGCUUCUCUAAUCAUUGCUCUGAAACUGUGUGGAUUUGUAAUCUUCCGAUGUGCAAAUUCUCAGAAAAAUGCAUUCCGGAAAAAUCCCACUGAUCCAAAGCUUGCACAUUUAAAAACCAUCCAUACUUCAACAGGAAAAAAUCUUCUCGUUUCUGGAUGGUGGGGUUUUGUUCGCCAUCCCAAUUACUUGGGUGAUCUCAUCAUGGCCCUGGCGUGGUCCCUCCCAUGUGGUUUCAAUCACAUCCUGCCUUAUUUCUACGUGAUUUAUUUCACCAUUUUGCUGGUGCACCGGGAGGCUCGCGAUGAACACCACUGUAGGAAGAAGUACGGCCUGGCGUGGGAGAAGUACUGCCAGCGCGUCCCGUACCGCAUAUUCCCGUACAUCUACUGAUCCUGGUCUAGGCGCUGUCUAAAUGCUCCUGCAGUUUUGGCUUCCAUUGGCAAAAAAAGAGAAAAAACCCAAAAUGAACCUUUCGUUGCACUGACAGGAUCUUUAUGUUUCUCUUUCUUUUUGAGGCAGGACUAUAGAGCCAAGUAGUAAUAAGUCUUUUAAUGUAGCCAUGUUUAUUUUUAUUAAAUCAUAACAAUUAACAUAAGGAAAAUAUAAAUAAAGAUGUUAGAAUUUGCAUUCUAAUAGGAAAUUUUCAAUCCUUAAAAAUCUGAAAACAGAAAAUAGUCUUACAAAUGCACUGAAUACUGUUGAUGUUUAGGGCUUUUGAUUACCUUUCAAAGUUUGAUUCCUUUGUCCAGUUGGCUUUUCUUAAAUUAAAACACCGUUACAUUUUAAAGUACAUUUAUGUUUUAUUGCAUUAAGAGAAGAGAAUUUUCAUUUGUUUCCCAUUAAAUUAAAUCGUUUACUAGCUAUGUGAUUUGAAAGUAAAAGCUGGUCCUCUCUGUUCAGUGCUGUGCGGGAAGGGGGAUGAUUGAUAGUCGACACUGUUUAAUGAAGACCAUUAGUAGUGGUUUGCUUAACCUCAACU